UGUGCGUGAAUUAGUCAAAGCACGCUGCGCAUCACGAAGGUAAUCCGAGGGCUAUAAAUAAGGCCGUAGACGGGACAGCUCGGCCUGUCGCUGAUGUCGGAGAGCUCGAGGUAGAGAGGUUAAAACCCUUCAGAGAGCUGCGAGCUGCUCCAACAUGCACACACUCUGACCCGCCUCGUGUUGGGAUUCUACUCAACCGGACCCACGGAGAUACCCCGCACACCCCACGCUUUAACGCAGAAAGUGCUCGGUUUAUUAACGCAGAGAAGAUCCAACGAGGAGAUUGAUGUGUUUUUUUAGACUUUUUAUUGGCACUCGGCCCGACCUAGACGGACUGCUGCUGAAUUUAUGGGACGGUGAAUGUGUCUUUAUCUUUUUAUGCUUUUUACUAAUACCCCGACUGCAGCUCCAGCAGAGAAAGAGAUUUCCUCACCGGGUUGUUUUGGUUUCCGAGGAGGGAAAGGCGAAGUGUUUUUGGGGUUUGAUUUUCUCCUGUGGUGUCUGUGUGGAGCGUGCCACACACCCACUCCACAACAACGACGGCUUUUGCUUGCAUCUUCCAGUGUUUCUUCUGUCAGCAAGUUCAGCAGAGCUGCAACUCUUCCAGUGCCAGUCCUGACACCAGCGAGGAGCCCUGCCCCAUUGACAUGGUGAAGAUGACCAAGUCAAAGACCUUCCAGGCUUACUUGCCGAGCUGCCACCGCACCUACAGCUGCAUCCACUGCCGGGCACACCUGGCCAACCACGACGAGCUCAUCUCAAAGUCAUUUCAAGGCAGUCAAGGAAGAGCCUAUCUGUUUAAUUCUGUGGUGAAUGUCGGCUGCGGGCCAGCUGAGGAGCGGGUACUCCUCACAGGUUUACAUGCUGUGGCUGACAUCUACUGUGAAAACUGUAAAACCACCCUGGGUUGGAAAUAUGAACACGCAUUUGAGAGCAGUCAAAAGUACAAAGAGGGAAAGUUCAUCAUCGAGCUGGCUCACAUGAUCAAGGACAACGGAUGGGAGUGAUGCUCCUCUUUCCUUUUUCUGACCAUGGAAUGCUCUUUACUAAACUGCGUGGAGCGACGACCAUCGACCACCCUGCCCCCCCUCCCAAACCCCUUAAAAAAAACAACAACUUCUUCCUCCCGCCUCCUUCACGUGCACACCCACCCACCUGGUCAUCGUGAAACAGAACAGAACAAAUGACAUACAAAAAAAAAAGAAAGACGACGAGGAAGCGGAGCAACUGUUGAAAAAUCACGUCACAGGAGUCCUGUCGUUACUUUAAAGAUUGUGAGUUCUCCUUCACAUCGCCGGAGCUUUUUGGGCUUGACCCCCGCCCUCUCACUCUCACCUCACUCCCCACCACCAAACCACGCUUAACAAGUGAUGUGGUUAUAUGGCGACCACUAUGCGAAAGGAGAGAGACUUCACUGAGGCGACAAGGCUUUGGUUUUCUUUAUUUUGCCCACCAAGCGAGACAUACAAUGAUUAUUUUUUAAGGUUAUUUGCUAUAGUUUUAGUAAGGUAAGGUUUUGGUUUGAUGGCAUAUGGAUGUUACUGGUUAGCAUUUUAUUUCCCUGUCAAGUAUGUCAUGUUUUUUUAUUUAAAUCUUUUUUGGGCUUGUUGUAUCUCUGCCUAUAGCUGAGCAUGCUUUUCUUUGCUAAUGUCCAAAUGAGCAAUCAGGGACUGGUGAGGAGCGGAGGGGAAAGGGAGUUUAUUGUAGUUAAAAAUAUGUAGCAGCAUCUUGCUUUUAAAAAAAAAAAGUUGCAAAGGAUGGGAUUGUAGUAGUGUGGGAUUUUACUCCUGAUAUUUCUUUUUUUUUAAAUCUUUUUUUCUUUCUUGUGACUUUUCUUCAUUACCCCCAACCCCCCUUCCCUCCCUGGUACUUUUCAGGACCCAAAAAGCAUUGAAAGCAGCACCUACAAUUUGUUUGACAUAAAUGGAUAUAUAUACAUUUAUAUAAAUAUUUAGAUAUAUAAAUAUGUUUAGUGUUUGGCUAAGUGCGAUAGUGGCUGGUCCCAUUUUGCAGCGAGUGAAAACAACUUGAAAAGGAGCAGAAAUAGUUUCUAGUUUGGGGAACCUGACAUCAGGGGCCACAUGUCAUAAAGCAUUAGGGCAGACUGUAAUAUUCCAUUGUCUAGUGAUGGCACACUAAGAGACACAACCACAUAAUAAUAUAUGUACACACAUACUAUGAUUACAAAUCCAUAAAUACUAUGAAAUUGUUCGUAGUACGUAAAUAUUGAAAAAUGGAUUCUAAAUAUAUAUUAACUGUCAUGCACAUGUAUAUAUGCAUAUGACUGUGUGUGUAUAUAUACAUUGUGUGUGUGUUCACGCAUUACUCCGUGACAUAACUUGAACAAUGUUACUUUGUUUGCACUUUGCAGAGGCCUUUGGUUCAUUUCAGUUUAGAGGCAAAAAGUUUCAAUUUCAUCUGUUUAAAAAAAAAAACUAAAAUAAACAUGGCCUUCUUACAGAUGAAUGACAGAAUGUUGGAGACGGACAUUUUUUUUGUUGACCUGGACGGUUAAGGGGUUUGUUCAUCGUCUCUAUUAGAAUCUUCUAGAUGAUCUGGUUUUAUUCAAAUUAUUUAGCAAAACUCUGCUUUUCCUCUCAAUUCUUUGCUUGAGAAAAGUGUAGUUUCCGAUUCUUUGCUGCUAUUGUCUUGCCAUAUCCUUCCCGCUCUUGUAGGUCUUUUGCACUUUACAUGCUUAUCCGUCUCUCUCUCUCAAAGCGUAUGAAUUGUCUCUUUGUAAUUUGCCUCUAAGCCACAUGAAUCUUGUGCCUCUUCAAAACAUAAACAGCCUCCCCUCAUAUUUUGUGUUGUGCAGCGCAUAACUCCAAAAACCUUUUGUGUGAACUGAUGCCUGUCUUCCCCUUCUUCUGGUUCAAAAUGGCCCUCAAAAUUAACUUUCUCUACCAAAAUCCUCAUAGAGCUCUUCCCUUUUUUCUUUUCUUUUUUUUCGGACAACAGAGAUUUGGUAUACAUACAAACUUAUAUUUUCUACGUUAAGAUUUAGAGGUGCAAAAAUGGAUAGACAUUCAGUAUAUUUCUCACCGUUAAGCAUAGAGGAGGAGGUUUAGAACAUGUGGGAUAGAGAUUUAAAAAUAAACAGUGAUUGAUUACUUUGCCGGCAAGGUCAGUCAGAUCACACAACUUUUUAUCCUAAAAACGAUGACAAUGCAAACCCUUAAUAGUUAGCAGUGGUAACUACUUGAAAAUAUAAAGACAUAAACAGCUGAGAUGUUGGCCCGUGUUACAGUUUUUGUACAUAAAGUUACAUAUUUAAGGUUUUUAUACGUAUUUCUACUGGGUUAGUUAUUUUACUUCCCCAACUUGAAGCACUUUUGUUCACUGUGUGUUUGUGGGUGUGGGCGUGGGCGUGGGCGCAUUAGCCAACCUGCAUGCCUGCACUCAAAAGUGAAUGUGUAGUUUCUUUUCCUCUUUAUUUCUCUUUUGUUUUUCCUCUUUCUUUUGGUUUGGAAGUGUUAUUAUUUGUCCUGUUGUUGUUUUUUCCGUUCGCAGCUGUUUGGUUUCUCUCCCGGUGAUCUGUGAGGUCAACAGCCAGGUUAGUUUGUUUGAAAGUGAUUUACCCCUGUUUUGUUGGUUUUCUGUUAGCUUGUUCAUUUAGCUUGUGCGGUGGGAGCCCGUUAGAGGGCUGAUGUUUCGGUAUCUGCUGAGCCAUGUAGACAACGAGGGCGAGCUGGAAUCUCCCACCAUGUCGCAGGGAGAGCCUUUAUCAAGACCCUUUCGCCACCACAGUCAGCGUACAGAGGGAUGGAACGCACCCUCUGGCAGCCAUAUUGGAGGUCCUUCUCCUUUGGCAACGCUGGCUGUGAAUAUCUGAUUGUAUUUCUUGAGACCGUAUUCAUUGUUGUGCUGGUUUUAACUAAAAAUGGAACAGUUUCUUCCCUGAUCUGUUUGAUUUAUUUUUUGACAAUGCUACCUAAGCUUGGCCACUACAUCCCAGUUCUGGGGCUGCACCCUUUGAAGUUUGCAUUUUAAAUCUCUUAACAGGUCAAACAAGGUCUGGUCUAUUUUAAACACUCCUUCAAAUGCAGCAUUCUGUGUCCCACAAAAUCCAGCACAAACGUUGUUUAGGAGCACCUCCUUUGACUGACACCCAGAGAUUCAACUGCACAACUGGCUGCAGUGAGGCAGGCGUGUACUCCAGGGGUGUGUCAGUACACCGAGACAUCAGUGUUGGGUGUGGUUACAUGUGAAACAGAGCGUAUUUUGGACUACAACCAUUGGUGCUGGGUGUGAAACUUUCCACCAGAGAGGGCAUUGAAA